GGAAAGACGUGAACCCGGACCAAAGUUCUAAUACAAAAAUUCAACUAUUGCCGGUUAAACAUUAACAUACAAAAAAAAAAAAAGAAAAAACCAUAAACAGUUUUGUUGUUUAGGGCACAUUACUUUACUUGACUAUUUUUUUCCGUGCUUGCCAAAGUUGUUGCACAAAAAAGCAAAAAAAAGAUUUCAAACGAUCAAAAAUAGUAAAAAACAAAAAACGCAACGACGUCGCUGCCAAUCGCCAAUCGUCGUUGUCAUUUGUUUGUCGUCGUUGACGUCGCUGUAUAUAUAUUUUUUUUGUUUUGCCGCUCACCGUUCAGUGCCUUGUCAAGUGAAAAUUAACCGGGUUUUUUUCCGUUCUAUGUACUUUACUAUAAUUUAGUUACAGUUUUUUUCUAUUUUUUUUUUGUUUGUAUUUUUGUUCGUUGUUUGAUUUUUUUUUGUCGCGGAAACUGCAACUGAAUUCUUGUACAAACAGCAAAAAAAAAAAAAAAAAAAUUAAAAACACUAAAACACUUUUAAACGGAAAACUUAGACGCGAGACUUUGUGACAGAGAGCGCCAUAAAUUCUCAGAGCUGCCAAAUCAAAUAUUAAAAUUUUGCUGACAGCCGACAAAAUCAAUCUGGCGAGGAGCAGAAUGUGGAGGACAGCUGGUGCUGGGAGCCCAUGGGCUCGGAGUCGACAGAGUCGACAGGCAAACCACAACCAAUUACAGGAAGCGGCAUGGUGGACGUGGCACUCGAUGGCGCUGCAGCGGCACUCGAUGUGUCAAGGUUGAAUGAUUUGGUGGCAAGUCUGGAGCAGCAGAAUGAGGAGCUGCGCAAUUCAUUGGAGGAACUGGACGCACAGCACGAUCUGGCCAUGCAGGAUGUGCUGGGCCACAAGACGCAGCUGCAAUCGCAGCUGACGGAGCUAAAGCAGUUGCAGGCCGAUCGCCUGGUGGAGCAUGAGUUGGCCAUGGCCCGGCUGCAAGCACAGUUAGUGGAGGAUCGGGAGCGGCAAAGGAGCGCGGCUCAGGCGCAGUUGGAGCUGGAGCAGCGGGUGGCGGAGCAGUCGCAGGAGCUGCAACGCAAUGUCCUCGAGCUGGCCGAGAUGCAGCAGCUGCUGGAGAAACGGGGCGCCGACAACGGCGAGCUGAUCGAUCGUGUGCGUCAGGCCGAAGCGGAGCGCGAGAAAUUGCAGCGCGAGCUGGAAGAGUUGGCCAAGCUGGUCAAGGAGAAGAAGACAUCGGAGUCAUCCAACAGCUCAUCGACGGGCAAACACAGCGAGGAUGAGUUCAUUGUGGUGCGCAACGCGGAUGCAUUGGCUGGCUCCAGCUCGGAUCCAGAUCCCGAUACGGAGGCCACGACGCCACCGAGCAAGGAGAAGUUGCGGGACAAGCUCGUCUCGCUGGAGGCGCGCAUUUCGGAGCUUUCGACCCUCAAUGCCAAGCUGCAGGAUGGCGACCUGGAGCGUCAGUUGGCCAGCAGCGUGCUGAACGAGCAGCUGUCGGAGCUGGAGACGCGACUGCGGAUCAGCGAGAGCGAGAAGGAGCAACUGCAGCUGGAGCUGCAGCGCAAGCUGCAACAGCUGAUGCUGCAGAAUCAGGAGCUCAAGCUGAACGCCGAGGCCGAUCAGGAGACGCAUGCCAACGAUCUGGAGCAGCAGCUAGGUGCACUCCGAGCCGAGAACAGUCAAUUGCGACAGGAGCUCGAUGCGAGCAUUGCCCAGGCCAAGUUCCGUCAGGCGAUUGCCGAGGAGAAGCAGGAGAUCACCGACCUGGAUCUCGAUCUGGACGAUGUUGGUAUAAGUGCUGACAAUGAUCCGCACAAACUGCGAUCCCUGCUCGAAGCGUUGCUCGCUGACAACUCGGAACAGGCGCUGGACCGCACGCAUCGGUUGCUCAACGAGCGUUGGCAGCGUUUGGACAGCACCGAACAGCGUUUGGUAGAUCUGCAGGAUCAGCAGCUGAUCGCGGAGCACGAGAAGAAGACCCUCGAGGCGGACAUAUCGCAGUACAUUCUGCAGUGCGACGAGCUGAUGAAGAACAACGAGCUGCUGCUCAACGAGCUGGACAAGUUCAAGCGCAACAAGCUGGAGACCAUCGAGGAGCACCACGAGGAGACCAUCGCUCAGCUGGAGUCGCAGCUGGAGGAGGCACAAUCCCAGUUGCAGCAGCAGCAAUUCCAGUGGCUAGAGCAGUCAAGAGCCAAUGAACAGCAGCUGGCCGAGCUGCGAAGUCAAGACGAGGCACAGCUAAAGGAAAAGCAACAAGAGUUGACGCAUCUCAAGACACAAACCCUGGAGGUGGAAAAGCUCAAGUUGCAGCUGCAGCAGCGGAACGAGGAGCAAUCGCUGCUUAGCCAUCAGCUCGAGAGCCAAAAGGAACAGCUGCUGCUAAUUGAUGCACUCAAGCAGCAGCUCUCGGAGGUGCAAGCACAAUUGAAGCAAACGCUGGCAGCACAGGAGCAGCAACAGCUGCAGAGCACAGAGCAAGUGGAGCAGUUGGAGUCACAGCUGGAGCUGCUCAAAUCAUCGCAACAGAGCACAAGCGCCGAGAGGAGCGAGCAAGUGGCGCAAUUGGCUGAGCAACUGCAGCGGAAGGAGACGCAGCUGGCGGAGACGUUGCAUCAGAUGGAACUGUUAAGAUCACAGCUAGACGAAGUCAAGGCACAAUUGAAGCAGCAGGCGGAGAAGUUGCAAGAGAGCGAAGUGCUGAGAUCGCAGCUGGAAGAAGUCAAGGCACAACUGAAGCAGCAGGCGAGAGAAGCCGGAGAGCAGAGCGAAUUGGCUGAGCAACUGCAGCAAAAGGAGACACAGCUGGCGGAGACGUUGCAGCAGAGCGAAGUGUUAAAAUCGCAGCUUGUCGAAUUUAAAUCACAAAUCCAGCAGCAGGCGGAGAAGUUGCAGCAGAGCGAAGUGUUGAAAUCGCAGCUGGAUAAAGUCCAGGCCCAAUUGAAGCAACAGGCACAAGAAGCCGGAGAGCAGAGCACAGCAGCAUUGGAACUGGAAUUGAAGCCGCUCAAGGCGCAACUGGAGACGCUGAACAAGGAGAAGCUUGAGCUGAUCAUGGCGGUGCAGCAGAAGCAUGCGGAGAACACACAAUACUAUGCGGAGAUACAGCGAUUGCAGCCGCUGGAGCAGCAGCUGGGGGAGCAGCUGAAGGAGCGUGAAAAGCUCUGCGAUCAGAUCAAUUUCCUCAAGGAAAAGUCCGACAUACUCACCACAAAUUUGCUCACGGAGCAGACGAAUCAACGGCUACUGCAACAGCAGCAGGUCGAAUCUCAGGAGCAACAGGCGAAUGUGCAACGUGAUCUCGAGCGAUUGCGUGCCCAUCUGCUUGAGAUCGAGGAGCUGCACACUCAGGAGAGCGUCGAGCUGCAGCGUGAACUCGAUGAAUCGCGUGCCAAGCAGACGGCACUUCAGCAGGAGGUGUCCAAGUCCAGCACCGCCUACACCUCAGCAAGCAUCCGGGCCAAUCAGCAGGCGGAGACGCUGCAGGCACAACACGCGCUGCUCCUGCAACAACGCGAUGAGCUGCUGACCAAACUGGGAGUGCGCGAGGAUCGUGAGCUGAAGCAACAGGCGGCGCUGACCAAUCUGCAAUGCGCACUAGAACAAUUUCAGAAUGACAAGGAGCAUGAGAUUGAGAUGGGAACACAGCGCAUGCGUCGAGAGCUGCAGUCGCAGCUGGAGAAGCAGACAACGCUGCAGUCCGAGAUGGCGGCACUGCAGCAACAGUUGACCGAGGCGAAUCAGGGACUCCGGGCUGCGGCACGUCUCUCCGAUCAACUGGAGGCCGGACAGCAGACGAUCGCCGUGUUGCGAGAUGAAGUGGACAGCCUGAAGCAUGCCAAUCUGAAGCUGGAGCAGAGCCUGAGCAACAGCGAAUCAAGUCAGACGGACAAGAUUGACAAGAGUCUCAUCAAGAGCCUGCUCAUUGGCUACGUGGUCAGCGGUCAUGCCCACGACAAGCAGCAGGUGCUGCGCAUGAUUUCCUCCGUGCUGGACUUUAAUGCCCAGGAAGCCGACAAGGUGGGACUCAAUAAGCCGCAGAGCAGCUGGCUGGGCAGCAUUCUAGGAGGCAGUGGCGGUGGCAGUGGUGGAUCCUCAGCUGCUGGCACAGGUAACGAGAAUCUGCUGCAAGCAUUUGUACAAUUUUUGGAACAGGAAUCACAGCCGCAAGCAUCCGCACAGACGCGACCCACGCUGCUGAGCAUGGCCAAACAACUGGAGGCAGCUCCACUCCCAGAUGCAGUCCACAGUGCAGUGCCAGCAACAACUUCAGCUGAUGCUCCGGCAACAUCUGCAGGAGCAACGCCAAUGGCAAUGGCAAUGGCAAUGAGUAGCAGCAAUGAGCAACAGGCUGGAGCGACGCCGCCAACGCCGCCGAUGCAAACGCUUCUCAUGAGCAGCAACGAAUUUGCGCCGACUCGCAAUUCUAGUUCGAUAUUAAAGGAUAUUCUGAGUGACUCUUGAUUGUUGUAGAAUAUCCCGGACUUGUGUUUGUCUGUGUGACUCUCGUGUUUUUUUUUUGUGUCUAAUUUAAUAUUAAUACAUAUAACAAGUUUUGUAAUUGUAUAUCAAGACGUGCAAUUCCCUAAUUCCCCCCCCCC